AUGAAACUCAAUUCCGUGACGAUUCGGGACGCGAACAUGCCCCCAAACGCUGAUGAGUUCGCGGAAGACUUUGCGGGCAUGCAGAUAUGCUCAAUGGUGGACUUGUUCUCGGGAUAUGAUCAGAUUUCUCUAGCAGAAGACUGCCGAGACAUGACUGCGAUUAUGACUCCAAUGGGCCUAGUCAGGAUGGUCACAAUUCUACAAGGAGGUGCAAAUUCAGUAGCGCAGUGCCAGCGUGUCGUGCAGUUUGUGCUCGCGGACGCAUAUGGUAAGGCUGUCCAAGCAUUCCUAGACGAUUUUGGGAUCAAAGGACCAAAGACGACCUAUAACGACGAGAUGGCGUUUUCUGGAGUUCGCCGCUAUGUUCUAGAACACCUCCAGAACCUAGACGAGACCUUAUACCUCCUAGAGCUUGCUGGGAUAGUGAUUUCGGCCGAAAAGUCGCAGUUUGCCAUGAGUGGAGUUGCGGUGGUUAGCUGGGUAUGUGAUAAAGAUGGGCGCCGCCCAGAUAAGGUGAAAGUUGCGAGAUUAGUCUUCUGGCCAGUACCUACCUCUGUUCCUGAAGUCCGCUCAUUUAUGGGACUAGCAGUCUAUUUUCGUGUCGUCGUGGAGAAGUUCGGAGUUAUUAUUACCCCGCUAUACCUUCUUCUAAAGGCAGGUGCGGACUUCAAGUGGGAAGAUGACCAACAGCUGGCGUUUGAUGAGAUUAAGCGGAUUCUGUUAACCUUUCCAUGCGUCUUACCAAUAGACUAUGACUGGCUACCGUUGAUUAUUAUAGUCGCUAUAGACGCGUCUGGAAAAGGGUCUGCGACUGACUUGCCAGGUGCACUAGUGACGAGCUGGCUGGCGUGGAUUAGACUAUUUGAUUUUGAGGUUAAACACGUGCCUAGAGACCGGCACGGCGCUGCGGAUGGCUUAUCUCGAAGACCACACACAAAGGAGGAAGUAGCGGAGCAAGAGACGGAGGAGGACGUUGAUGAGUUUAUAUUGGCUGAAAUAGGCACCUUACGGGUGAUGCUAAACCCAGUCGCGGCGUCUAUUGAGACCCCGCUAGGUGUGGAUAUGGAGGAUAUGACACAAAGCCAGGAGCCAGGAGACUACACACGAGUCCUAUCUCUGGAGUACUCCGACGAGUCCGAGCAGGUUGCAAGGUGGCUAACCACGUUUCGACGACCACAAGACAUGCCAAUCCGGAGGUAUAAGAAGUUCAAAAAUCACGCGUGUGACUUUAUGGUGCAAGGAGAGCACCUCUUCUAUCGAGGAAAAGGACUGAAUCUACCACUUCGUCGUGUUCUAGACCAGGUAGAGACCCAGAAACGCGUGAUUAUUACUGCCCAUGAUGAGCUUGGCCAUAAGGGGCGAGAGUCAACCUACCACCUCCUGAAACUACGAUACUGGUGGGAUGGCAUGUAUUCUCAGGUCUCUGAGCAGCAUGCGGCGCCUCCUUCAUGGAGGGCUUUCUUCUACGCUGCACUUAUGGCUGAUAGGAUGACGACGUGUGCUACCACAGGCAUGACCCCAUACCAUUUCUUAUACGGAAAGGACGCUAUCCUUCCACUAGAGAUAGAAGUGCCUACCUGGAGUACACUACCGUGGGAAACAAUCUCUAGCACUGAAGACCUGAUUAGCCUACGAGCUAGGCAAAUCCUACAGAAAGACCAGGACGUCACAGAGGCAAUUCAUCGAUUUGAGAGGAUCCGAGAGCGGAAUAAAACCUACUUUGAUAGCACAAAGGUGAUCAGACUACACCCCCUAGAGGUAGGAAACCUAGUCUUGGUGCAUGAUACUCAGAUGCAAGAUGAUAUGCGUGCACUUCAGAAGCUCCGUUUUCGGUGGCAUGGACCCUACCGAAUCAGAGAGGUAGUUGGAAAUGGGUCUUAUAGACUGGAAGAGCUUAACGGAACGCCCAUAAAGCACUGGUUUUCAGCGGGCGAAGGCCUUAGUCACAGCGCCAUCAACGGAGACCGGCUAAAAAGGUUCUGGUUAUAUAGGGAGACUGGCGUGAGAGAGUAG